AUGUCGGAACAACGCACGGCGCGCCACAGCCGUAGCGCAGCGGUGGUGCGGUGCAGGCGCGGGCGCGGCACGUGCUCCGAGGCGGGCGCGGCGCGUGCCGGCGCCAGGGCCGCGGCAGCCAGCGCCGGAGCGCCGCACGCGCCAUGCGCCGCUAGCGCGAGCAUGCGGCUGCCUCUGCUGCCGCUGCUAGCGCUCUUGCUCGCGCGCCCGUCGGCAGCCGGGAUUUGCUGGACGGGAAUGGACCGCGGCGGGCGGUGUAGUUCUGUAGCGGCGCUGCGCGUGGGCCGAGCUGAGUGUUGCGCGGGCGGCGCGCGCGCACCGGCCGCGUGGAGCCCUAGGGACCUGGAUAGCGGCGAGAUAUUCUUCUACAAGGCGCUGUCGGGAGGCGUGCCUUGUACUGCUUGCGCUGAGUCGUGCGCCGGCGUUUCCUGCGGCGCGGGCAGACGGUGCGUGGUCCGCGACGGGCGCGCGCGAUGCGUGUGCGCAGCAGCGUGCCGCCGCGUCGGCUCCGUCUGCGGCACCGAUGGGAAGACCUACUCUUCGCUCUGCCGGCUCCGGAGACGGGCUUGUAGGCGGCGGACCAAGCACCUGGCGCUGGACUAUCCGGGACCUUGCCAAGAAGGCAGCUGCGAUCUCGUGCGAUGCGGCGGCGAUAAACGCUGCGUUUUGGACGCCGAGUUGGGCGCGCAUUGCGUGCGUUGCGGAUCGUGCAACGUUGCGGGCGCGCCGGUGUGCGCGGUGGACGGACGAACUUACGCCGGCUUCUGCGCUUUGAGGAAGGCGGCUUGCGAGCGGGGCAGAGCCCUGCCGUUGGCUUAUAGAGGGCCUUGCAUGGCGAACGCGACCUGCGCGUCAAUAAAGUGCGGGCCGGGCCAGCGCUGCAUGUCGGGCGGGGCCAGCGGCGCGCGCUGCGUAUCAUGCGGCGCGUGCGAGGGCGGGCGAGCACGCCGCCAGCUGUGCGGGUCCGAUGCACGCACUUACGCUUCGUGGUGCCAGCUGCAGCGAGCCGCGUGCCAUGCUGGUCGUGUAGUCGAUCCGCUACACCCUGGCGCUUGCAGAGGAAGUAAAAAUGUAACGGACAAUAGAGUGAGCCGCGAGCGCAGAGACAGCGACGUCGACUCCAGCCGCGCGCUAUAGUCGGCUUCAUCCGACUUGCACAUCUUCCCUAGACAUUACAAAUAAUCCACAACAUUUUCAAAACUCCAUUUGUCAUAGAAAAUAUUGGUAAAACCCUCUACAAUCAUAAUCACAUAAGUCCUACGAAUUUCUCUGUCCUCUUGGCAAUAUUCGUGUUAAACCUUUGAGCAAAAAGAUUUUUUCAUCUUAAUGUAUUAGGUAUUAGAUAAAAUAAUUCGAGCAGAUUGUAGCGAGGAAACACCAUUUUAAAAUGCAAUAGGUAGGUAAUUUAAUAUCUUGAAACUCGGGGUAGCGCCCGACCUUUUAGUAUUUUAUAAUCAAUUGUUAAAAUUAGCGAGCUCAAUUAGAGGAAUCAUUUUUGAUUCGUCACGAUUCAUAUAAUCCGAACGAUCACUUGUAUGUACCAAAUCACCUUGUCAAAGUCAUCUUCAUGGCAAGUUUAUGAACUUUGAAAUUACUGUAGUUAGCGUAGAAUUAGAAAAAUCUAUUGAAACUGAUGCACAUUUUUCAAACUUUGUAGAUAAAUAAUAAUUCUUAUUAAUAAUUAACACUUACAUUAUUAAAUUUGAGCACCAAAUCGUACUUAAUAUUUAGUCAAAAUAUUACAUAGGGAGUGUAGUUAGCACAAUGUUUGGAUUGUAGUAUAUUUUGAUGAAAUUCUAACUUUUCUCUUGUUGAAUGUAUGUUUGAAGCUUAUUUUAUGGAUGAAAUUUAAUAACUUUUUCAUCGGACUGACAUAAUUGUUCUUAAUUUUAAAAUAACUCUAGUGUUUUAAGACUUAAUCUUACUUUACGAAAUGUGGUUAACGCUUAUUGCAAUAUUUAUUAUAUUAAGUUAUGGAUAUGAUGUUAGUGCAAUAAUUUUAUUGAGAACUGUAUGAAAUUUAUGUUACGUGUUUUGUUUUGUUUUUUUCAUGAGUCGAUUCAGAUAUCGUAAAAUCUAUUCGGACAAGUCUAGUGUUAUAGAUACGUUUUCAGUAUUACGUGUGUAUGUUAGAUUUGUAGUAGAUAUUUUAAUCUUCAAAAUUUAACACUGGAAUUUCGAAUGGUUAUUGAGACUGUUGUUAAAAGUAAUUUAUUGUUACUUUACUCAUUUCAAAACAUUUCUGAGUCUGAGUAUGUUCGAAUUGUUUCAAUUAAGAUAAUCAUCAAAUGAAUAUGCAUUGAAUCUUGUCACUAGUAGUGAAAUAACUUUCUUGGCGUCCUCUUAGCUUUAAAAUUUUAUUUUUGUACACAUUUUAAAAACAUUUCUGCUGGUCUGCUACCAGUGUAAAAAAUACAUUCUAAAUAAUAGUGAUUUAUUUGCUAUUAAGUUUGCAUUAUCAAAAUUGUUUGUGGUGACUUGAGGUAAAUUAUUUAAAUGAUUAUUUGCCCUAAUUAUUUUAGGAGUAAUUUUUGAUGAUAGUCACCUAAAUUCCAAAGAGAUCCCAAAUUAAAAAUUCGUCACACAACUAAAAAUUAUGAAAUUUGUUCCUCGUUAAUAUACGUAAAUAGUAUGAUGAUUAAUGUUAUUCUAUGUUAUUCGUCAUUGAGUUGUCAAUUAAGUAAAGUAAGUUAUGCUUUUUCUUGUAUUAUGGACAGACUAAUUGUAAUGUAUAAGUUGAUUCUCGUCAAUUACUUCCUAGUUCUAAUCAAGUUGUUAAUUGUAUCUGACUAUAAUAAUACUAAAUUGUUGUAGUUAAACUCAUUGCAAACAUUAGAUGAUGUAUAAUAUAUUGUCCCUGUUUCUUCAUAAAUAUUUUACACAGAA